AAUAGUUCACAAUAACAUCAAUCAUUCAAAGCCAAUGUCAAAUGAGGAAAUAACUGUUAUUGGUGAAUCCAUACAAGAGUUUAUUGAUGAAUAUAGAAAUUCAGGAAAUUCAAUGACAAUAUCACCAAAGCUUCAUAUGCUUGAAGAGCAUGUGAUUCCACAACUUAAGGCUUGGAAAUUUGGGCUAGGACUAAUCAGUGAGCAAGGUGGCGAGUCCAUACAUGCAUCUUUUAAUCAACGAAAAAGAACAGUUGCAGGAAUGCAUGAUCGACUUGCUCAGUUAACUUCAAUGAUGCGCUCGCAUACAUUGCUAACCCAGCCCAACAUUCUCCAGAAAAUUGCAAAACCUAAAAGAAGAAAAUUUGGUAGGUAUAACUGUUUAUUAUUACUUCUUUAUGAAAUAUUUUUGAAAAAAUAAGAAUAUAGAGUCAUAACAGUGUUAUUUUAUUUUUUCUUUCAGAGAAAAAAGAAUAAAUCUGAAAAACAAUGGAAUUUUUCAAUGAAAGUGUGCUAAGAAAUUCUUCAAAAUAAUAAUUUUAUAAUCAAAAAUCUACAUUUGACUACCAUAAUAAAACUGCAAUACAUUGUAAGUGACACUGAUAUAAAAGGAACAAUAUAUAUA